UCCCCUCGCUGCAGCCAGCCCCGCCGCUCCGGAGCGCCAGCCAGCGCGGGUGCGAGCGAGCCCGGAGCGAGCCCGCCGAGGGGCCCCUUGCGCCGGAGCCGUGGAAAUGGUUUGGCGGCGGCGCUGAAGCCGGGCAGGGCGCGGAGAAGGCGAGAGACCCCCCUCCCCGCGCCGGACCCCCGAUUCCCCCCUGCCCCCCCCAGCGCCCGGGCCAAAGGCAGGAGCAUGCGGAAUCUGCGGCUCUUUCUGCUCUGGGUUGUGACUCUGGCUGACACUCAGUGCCAAGUUGUCCAGACCCGGUUCAGCGAGGAGCCAGAGGACCAGACUGUAGUGGCCGGGCAGAGGCUUGUCCUGUCCUGCGUGGUGCUGAACUACUCCGGGAUCGUGCAAUGGACCAAAGAUGGCCUGGCGCUGGGCAUGGGGCAGGGGCUGAAAGCCUGGCCACGCUACCGGAUCAUCGGCACGGCAGACUCCGGACAAUACAACCUGGAGAUCACCGACGCCGAGCUCUCGGAUGACGCCUUGUACGAGUGCCAGGCCACAGAAGCCGCGCUGCGCUCCCGGCGGGCCAAGCUCACCGUCCUGAUUCCCCCUGAAGACCCGGUGAUCGACGGUGCCCCCGAGAUCCUGCUGCGGGCUGGCACCCCGUACAACCUGACGUGCCGGGCUCGCAGCGCCAAGCCUGCCGCCACCAUCGUCUGGUUCCGGGACGGGCUGCCGCAGGACGACGCCGACGCCAGCACCAGCACGGAAGUGUUAGCAGAUGGCAAGAGGGAAACCACGGUCAGCCAGCUCCUCAUCAACCCCACAGACGCGGACAUUGGGCGGGUCUUCGUCUGCCGGAGCACCAACGACGCCAUCCCAGCCGGCAAGGAGACCUCCAUCAAGCUGAACGUACACCAUCCCCCUACGGUCACCCUCUCCAUCCAGCCCCAGAUGGUGCAAGAAGGCGAGCGGGUCGUCUUCACCUGCGUGGCCACGGCCAACCCGGAGAUCAGAGGCUACAGGUGGGCCAAAGGUGGCGUGAUCAUCGAAGAAGCCAAGGACAGCAAGUACGAGGCGCAGGUGGAUUAUUCCUUCUUCACGGAGCCUGUCUCGUGCGAGGUGCACAAUGACGUGGGAAGCACUAACGUCAGCACGCUGGUGGACGUGCACUUUGCCCCUCGGAUCGUGGUGGACCCCAAGCCCACAACCACCGACAUCGGCUCGGAUGUGACGCUGACGUGCGUGUGGGCCGGCAACCCCCCGCUGACCCUAACCUGGACCAAAAAAGAAUCCAACAUGGUGCUGAGCAACAGCAACCAGCUCUACCUGAAGUCGGUGACGCAGGCCGAUGCUGGGCAGUACAUCUGCAAAGCCAUCGUGCCCAGGAUUGGCGUGGGCGAGCGGGAGGUCGCCCUCUUUGUCAAUGGCCCCCCGAUCAUCUCGAGUGAGGCUGUUCAGUACGCGGUGCGUGGCGACCGCGGGAAAGUGGAGUGUUUCAUCGGGAGCACGCCACCCCCCGAUCGCAUUGCCUGGGCCUGGAAGGAGAACAUCCUGGAAGCUGGCACACUGGAGCGCUACACGGUGGAGAGAACCAACACGGGCAGCGGGGUCCUCUCCACCCUGACCAUCAACAACGUGAUGGAGGCCGAUUUCCAGACACGCUACAACUGCACGGCCUGGAACAGCUUUGGGCCAGGGACGGCCAUCAUCCAGCUGGAGGAGAAAGAAGUCCUGCCUGUGGGCAUCAUCGCCGGAGCCACCAUCGGGGCCAGCAUCCUCCUCAUCUUCUUCCUCACCGCCCUGGUCUGCUUCCUCUACAGGCGACGCAAAGGAAGCCGCAAGGACGUGACCCUGCGCAAGCUGGACAUCAAGGUGGAGACGGUGAACCGGGAGCCCCUGACGCUGCACGCGGACCGCGAGGAGGACACGGCCAGCGUCUCCACGGCAACCCGUGUCAUGAAGGCCAUCUACUCGUCGUUCAAGGACGACGUGGACCUGAAGCAGGAUAUGCGGUGCGACACCAUCGACACGCGGGAGGAGUACGAACUCAAGGACCCAACCAAUGGCUACUACAACGUUCGCGCCCAUGAGGACCGCCCGCCCUCCCGCACCGUGCUCUACGCCGACUACCGCACCCCGGGCCCCGCCCGCUACGACAUGCGCCCCUCCUCCCGCCUCUCCCACUCCAGCGGCUAUGCCCAGCUGAGCACCUACAGCCGGGGACCCGCGUCGGAGUACAGCGCCGAGACGGCCCCGGGGCCCCCGCCGGGCACCACCGUGGGCGAGACGGCCAGCCAGCUCUCCUACGAGAACUACGGCGGCCACGCCGCCUUCCCGCCCAGCGCCGGCUACGCCACCUACCGCCUGGGCUACAGCCAGCCCCCUCCGCCCAGCUUGGACCGUGCCCCCUACGAUGCCUACGACCCCAUGGGCAAGUACGCCAGCGCCACCCGCUUCUCCUACACCUCCCAGCACUCGGACUACGGGCAGCGGUUCCAGCAGCGGAUGCAGACUCACGUCUGAAGGGCCUGGGGGCUGGGGGGGGACGAUCCUCCCCGGAGACAUAAGGGGAGUGGGUCAUAGGUACUUUGUGACUGUCCUCUGAUAUUCAGGGGCUUUUCCAGACCCCCCCCCCACACGCCCACCCCUAACCCCCGCCCAGUGGCAGGGCUCUCAGCCUGCCCGGCGACUGCACCCCUCACCGCCUGUAUUCCAGGGCCCCUGGCGUCCGGCUGACUCCGGGGCCCCCUUCCUCCAUAUCUGAGCUUCCAGCCAGCCACCCGUCACGUUGUCUUCAUUCGUUCUUUUCAGCCCAUGUCUCGAAGGGCCAGCGCCCUCCCCGACUGGAAGGAAAACAGAUUUUGGGGGGGCUGGGGAGCCUCACCCCCACUCCUGCCCCAGCCCUGCUCACAUGUGGCACAGCUCUCCUCCCAGCGGGCUGGAGGCUGGAUAAGGCGUGCUGGUAGCUGCAGGGGGGGAGAUUCCCUUCAAUGGCCUGCAUCCCACCCCGCCCCAUCCUGCUCCAAGCGAGACUCCGGAAACUUGCCCCCGGCCACGCUGGGGAGACCUGAUUUCUUUGCCAGGCGUCAGAUCUUUGAGGGGAGAUGGGCCGAGAGCUGAACUCCACGCUGGGGGUGGAAGGUUGUGACAACAAGGGGUGGGGGGGAUUGUGGGGCAGCGGAGGACCAAGUGGCAAUGGGGGGGUGGCUGAAGGCAGGCUAGGUUGUGCAUUCCCCUGGGGGCCGUGGGAUCUUGGGGUCUGCAACUGGCUCCCGCACAGCUCGGCCGCUAGGAGGCAGAGAGUCAUGCCGUCACCGGCUCCCAGGGCAUGAUGGGAUGCACCCCCAGGGUGCUGCAGCGGGCACAGGGGACACUGCGCUCUAGAUGUGAACGCACCCGGACAGGGGGUUUGGGUGCCUGUCGGCUGGCAGGCCGGUUAACCCUGCAGCCAGCCUCCGAAUGGCCAAAGGGCUCUGAUCCUGCCUCAGUGCCCAUCGCUCAGCGCCUGGACGGAUCAGGCCCUAAUAUGGAAAACCAACUUGGAGCUGCAGCUUUUGAUCUAGUCCAUACCCGGGACCCCCAUCCAAUACCAAGACCCCCUGUUCCAUACCAGGGUUCCAUGUCCAAUACUGGGACCCCCUAUCCAAUUCCUCCCACUUCCAUACUGGGACCCGCCUAUACAAUACAGGUACUCCCUAUCCUAUACCAGCACCCCUUUCCCAUACUGGGAUCCCUCCUGCCCCACUUAGCAAUAUGGGAAGGGUGAAGUGCUCGUGACCCCUAUGUUGUGAAUCCCUGACCUAGAGGGCGCUGCUGGCCCUAGGGAGAAAGGUCAGCCCCACAUCCAAGUGCUUCCAUUCACAACAGCAUCCCUUGCCGCUCACACCCCAAAUUGGAUCCCUCCCCCGUGUGGCAUUCCUCUUCAAGAAGAAAGCAGGGGGCCCCAAUCUCUCCCCCAGUACCCUAUCCGUCCAGGGCCGAGUUGACUCCGUCCCCCGUCCCUAGCACUUUGAAUACCUUUGUUUGGGUUUAUGUUGGAUUUUUUUAUAUAUAUAUUUUAUAUGGGGGCGGGAGGGGGGCGGUUGGUUGGUUGUUUUUUUCCUCUGAAAGGACCGAUUGGAAUCCUGCCUCUUCCACCACUUCCUGUGCCUUGAACUUCAGCUUUAUUUGACCCGUCGGCAUUUGCUUGCACGGUAGAACCGAGCGAAGGGGGCGAGGGCGUCGGUGGGGCUAAAUGUUUUAGGGCUGGUGGCACCCCGGGGCGGGGACGCUGAAGGCUCAUCUCUCCCACUAGUGCCUGGCACCAGCCACUACAGCAGCCUGUCCCCGAGGCCAGGGGAGAAGCUGCCCCUUUAGCUCGAGGCAUCAAGAGCUGUGUUUUUAGGGCUGAAAGUUGCGGAUGCAGCCUCCAUUGAUGAUAUGGGCUUUCCAGGGCUGCCCAUUGAGAAAUGAUGGGUGCCCCUGGAUUUCCCAGGGUUGUUAUUUUGGUGGGGGUGAAGGGUAUCUUUCAAGCUUCCCAAGUAUCCCAGCAAAGCUGCACCCCACUCCUGGAAGGGAUGGGGGGGCGGGCUCUGUUUUCGAAGCCUGGAGGUGCCAUUCCCCAGCCAGGCAGAGGGAGCGCUGCUGAGCGACACUGGGUCCCACCCUGCAGCAUGAGCAAUGCCAGUCCUAAGCGGCGCUGAGCAGGACCCCGGACCCCACCGUCACUGCCCUUUCCGCCAUCGCUCCGUUAGGGAGCAGGACUCGAACCCAGGCCCUACUUCUCCACAGUCACAGCCCGGCCCAGGAGUCGAACUCUGAUCUCCCGCGUGGCUGGGCAGAGGGCAAAGCCACCAGCCCUGUCUUGACUGUUCCCUCCUAGUACCUGCCGGUGUAGCAGGGCCGUUCCAGCCCUGGACUGCAGCAGUUCUGGAUCUUUUCCUGUGACCCUUCUGACCCUGCAGCAUCGGUUUCGUUUGCACAGUUCAGGGCCUAGAUUUUAAGUACAGAUACCGCCCACCCCCCCUACAUUAUGGAGCUCUUCAGAUAUUGUACAGCCAUGAGCCGCGUGGAUUAUCGGCAUCAACAGAAGGGGUUAGCAAUGGUUAUAGCGGCCGGUUGGCUGGCUGGAGCGUAUAACAAUCUAAAACGGAGGGGUCACCAUUUAUUAAAACAUCGCCUGACCCUUUAUUUAGCCUGUUUGGAAGCAGCUGGAUUUGAUCAUGUGUUGUGAUAUGGGCUGUUUUUCUUUUCCUGCCCUGUUUAUGGAACUUAUACAGCGGCCAUUACCCUGGCACCUGAGAACCUCACAGUCGUCACUGUGCUUUUCCUCACGACCCCCUGUGAGGCAGGGCAGGGCUGGUCUCUGAAGCAUCUGGCACUGGCCCGUGUCGGAAGGCAGGAUACUGGGCUAGAUGGACCAUUGGUCUGACCUAGGAGGGCCAUUGUCAGGUUCUUAGCACCAUGGUACAGAUGGGGAACUGGAGCCCAGAGACCCAGAUUUUUAAAGGUGUUUUGGGCCUAGCUGCACUCAGCAUCACACCUAACUGGUUUAGGAACCCAGAUCAUUUUCCAAAGGGGUUUAGGCACUCUGGAGCCUGACUUUCAUGGACAGCUGAUGGGACUUUUGCUCCAAAGUGCCUAAAUCCUUUUGGAAACUGAGUUUUAUCUCCCAAUGAGUUAGGCGUUGCAACGCUGGGCAUAACACUGCCCAAUAUCUGGCUCAGUCGUGCUCCGGGUCAGAUGGGAGAAUAGAGUUGACCCUGGGUCUGCCUGGUCUCAGGCUAACAACCUGAUUCGGGGACCAGCUCUUAAUGCGCCACUUUCAGAAGUCAUGUUAUUUUGAACUUCAGCUUUCCCCCCCCCCCUUAGUAAUACAUUUCUAGCUCUCCUGGUUUUAAAGAAAAGAACCAGGCUCCAGGCUCUAACCACUAGAUAUCAUGCUCCUCCCAGCACCUGCGAAC